AGAGAGCGCGCGAGGGGUGGGUCCAACACGGGCGCUCGAAACGCGACAGCGCGGUCAUUUGCAGGACGGCUCUGCUUCGCUCACCAGUAUACACAGGCACCCACUGUGCACUCGGGGCAUCAGCGAAUAGUUAUGGCUGAAGCUACUCUGACGCCAGACGACGCAUCAGACGUAGUGGAUGAAUUGGUGGAGGCAAAUACUAAGUCAUUUCCGUUGGGUCUGUUUCUGCUGCCGACAGCCAAAGUUGAGGCCAUUCACGCACAGUUCAAAAACCCACAAGAUCGCCUUACCCAUAUUAUCAUUGAGUUUCUGAAGCAAGCAGAGCCCAGACCGACUUGGAGAGCCAUUGUAAAUGCUCUCAGGAGUCCCUCAGUUGCCUUAACAGCACUAGCUAGGAAACUAGAAGCAGCUCAUUUCCCUGACUCUACCUCAACAUGUUAUGUGGCACCUGAGACUACUGACACAGAGUCUGCAGCAGACACUACUGCUGUUGAUAAUGUCAAGUUAAACCCAUCCCCUCAACUGAGCGCUGUACCUGCCCCCGACCACUACAAUGUUGCCACUGCUGCCCCUCCAGCGAAAAAGCACAAAAAGGCUCCUGCUCUUGCUGCCCCCAAAAAAGCACUGCAGACACGUUUUCAUCAAAGGUUAGAUUACAUCAAAGUAGCAAGUACUUAAGAUACCUGCACAUUGCAAUGCAGAUAUGUAAUAAUCACAAGGCUGCUAAUUUGGCACAACCAAGUAUAUAUUGUCCCCAGCCACUUUUCCUCUUCAAAGGGCGGGGUGUGGGUACAAGAAUAGCACACACCGGUCCAAUCUACAACAGUGCACAAUUCUUUAAAAAGACAAUCAUGAGUCAUGAAAUCAUCAUCAUGAUUUAACUCUGUCUCAAUCUUCUUCGUCUGGAAUGUCAAUUAUUACAUUCUCACACCUUUUUGAAUGAAGUC